AUGGCCACAUCCACCAUGUCCGUCUGCUCUAGCACUUGCUCUGACUCCUGGCAGGUGGACGACUGCCCAGAGAGCUGCUGUGAGCCCCCCUGCUGUGCCCCCAGCUGCUGCGCCCCGGCCCCCUGCCUGACCCUGGUCUGCACCCCAGUGAGCUGUGUGUCCAGCCCCUGCUGCCAGGCGGCCUGUGAGCCCAGCCUCUGCCAAUCAGGCUGCACCAGCUCCUGCACGCCCUCGUGCUGCCAGCAGUCUAGCUGCCAGCCGGCUUGCUGCACCUCCUCCCCCUGCCAGCAGGCCUGCUGCGUGCCUGUCUGCUGCAAGCCCGUCUGCUGUGUGCCCGUCUGCUGCAAGCCUGUGUGCUGUGUGCCUACCUGCUCUGAGGAUUCCUCUUCAUGCUGCCAGCAGUCUAGCUGCCAGCCAGCUUGCUGCACCUCCUCCCCGUGUCAGCAGUCCUGCUGUGUGCCUCCUGUCUGCUGCAAGUCCGUCUGCUGUGUGCCCGUCUGCUCUGGGGGUUCCACUUCAUGCUGCCAGCAAUCUAGCUGCCAGCCAGCUUGCAGCACCACCUCCUGCUGCAGACCCUCCUCCUCUGUGUCCCUCCUCUGCCGCCCUGUGUGCAGGCCCGCCUGCUGCAUGCCCGUCUCCUCCUGCUGUGCCCCCGCCUCCUCCUGCCAGACCAGUUGCUGCCGCCCGGCCUCCUGCGUGUCCCUCCUCUGCCGCCCCACGUGCUCCCGCCUCUCUUCCGCGUGCUGCGGCCUCUCCUCAGGCCAGAAGUCCAGCUGCUGACGGGCAGGUCCUGUUUCUCCGGAGUUGUCCCAGGGCCAUCUCUGACUUCCGAAAAUCCUUGCAGCCCUGAGCCCUGAGUCUCCUCUGCCCAGAGCCACUGCACCUCCAGCCGGCAACGCUGAGCCUUCAUGCUGAGGUCCCUCCAGGCAUGCAUCUCUCCCACACCCUCAUCUCCAUCCCGGCCAGCCGGUGGUCGCUGCGUCCUGCCCCAUGUGUGUGAUCAGUCUGUCAACGAAUAAAGUCACCACUGUGCCCUC